AUGGCCAACGCCAUGGCUUCCUCUUCAAGCUCUUCUGGAUCAAUAUCUACGCUUGUCGCUCAAUCCGCAGAGCGUCGAAAGAAGAUCAAAGCCGACAUCGACGACGCCGAAGACCCGCUUGCACUGUACGACAACCACCUUACUUGGACGCUCGACAAGUUUCCGCCAGCGCAACUGCAUCUAUCUGGAAUUGUGGAGUUCUUGGAGGAAGGUACUCGAUAUCUACUUGGAGAUACAAGCUACAAGGGCGAUCUGCGAUAUCUGAAACUUUGGACUACAUACGCUCUGCUCGUCGACAAGCCCAGUACGGUCUUCAAGUUUAUACUCUCGCACGGCAUUGGCACAUCACUGGCACGACUAUACGAAGAGUAUGCUCUGGCGUUGGAGAGGGAAAAUAGGCAUAGCGCAGCCGAACAAGUGCUUGAAGCCGGUAUCAAACGCAAGGCAAGACCUCCUGCACGGUUGAGUAAAGCACUCGACGCUUUCCGCUCGCGCAUCUCUACCGUACCUCGAGCGUCGCCACCCACCGCUACCGUGACUUUGCCUCGGCAUAAGGGCACACCGGAGACGGACGCAUUGCGCGUGGACCCGCUCAAGUACCAUAACGCGGGAAAAGCUGCUCCUUCCAAGCCUGCUACGAGAGCGCCUGCCUCUUCAAGCUCUGCCGCAGCGGCUUCAUCAUCUCGAAGCGGCGCUCCUGCCGCUCCCAAGCCGUCUACGCCUGCCUUAUCCGCGUUCACCUCAACGUCCGUCGAAGAGCGCUACGCUGUCAUCCGUGCACCAGCUCUACCUACUAAGCGCCCAGAGCGCUUACGAGCGGACCUCUCAUUGCUAUUCCCUGACGGCAAGGUCGAAUACAACAUCGCUGAGGUCCGAGCACGAUCAUCACGCUACAAGCCUCGAGAACCAUCUCCACCGCGGCCCCCGCCUAUACCCCAGCCACAAGCGGUGCAAUACUCUUCUCCGCCCGAUUCUCCCGACAUAUCGGUGUCGCAAGAGGUUACCACAGAUCUCACGCGGCAAAUCGACUUCAAUGACGAUGGAACCAAGUCGAGCAAGCGCUACAUCGAGCGACGCAUGGACCGCCGAAGUAUCGGUUUCAGCAGUGAACCCACCGUUACUAUCAAUACGAAGGCGGCAUUGGUCGAUGUCUUUGGGAUGUACAACUCGCCGGACAAGUCGGUCACAUUCGACAAUACGCCUGGCGGGAAGCAUGCUCCUGUUCGCAAGAUCGAUGCUAUCACACCGCCGAGGUUCGACCUGCAACCGCAGACACCGUCGAAUCCGGUUCCCAGCGCCAAGACGCCUGGAUCGAUCAAGCCCUACGUCGACGACGAGAAUGCCGGGCGGAAAGAGAACGUGGCUUCGAUCAAGUUUAAGCCUUUCGUAGACUCCGAGAACCCUCCGCGAUCCAAUGCCUUCACGCCCGGUUCAACACGCAAGGCCUUUUCCGUCAAGGAGACUCCAGCCAAGACGCCCGUAGCCAGCUCAAAUACCUCCAAGGUCUUCACUCCAGCCGGCUCGCUCGGUGUAUUCCGCGCUCAAUCCACCGAGGCGAAGACGCCCGCGCCGACGAGCCUCAAGCCUGCGUUCACACCCCUCGCACAGACGACGCCUAGCUUCAGGGUAUUCUCUCGACCGUCGGAGAACGCUGGGCCUACUCCAGCACGGGGAGGAGCUUUCACUCCCUUCGUAGACGAGAAUGCCGGGGCGCCUACACCUAGUCGAACGCCGCUAGGCGAGCGACAACCGUUGAGGUCUGCGUUUGCCAUGACGCAGGAGCCGUUACAGGAAGAGUCUGAGGAGGAGGUUGAGGAGGUUGAGUACUCUCUCCGCGAGGAAGACGGAGAUGAAGAGGGAGCGGAGGAGUACGAAGUAGAGUCAUACCCAGAUGAGGAGCGGCAAUACGUCUACGCCGAUCAACAGGCCGAGUUCAUCGACGAGCACGACGACCUGGACGGGCCAGUGCGCAACGGGCACAAGACGCCUCUCGGCGGGCGAUUCGGCAAGUUCGACGUCAUGACGCCUAUCACUGAGCGCACAUACGAGUACACUGGCAGUCAUGCUGGUUCCGUACAUUCCAGCGGCGGUACCGGCCGAUUCUUCAACGAGCCUGAUGCGGUCAGUGCUGCGGCGCGUCUUGCGGCGGAAGUGCGCGGGGAUACGGAUGUGAUGCCGAGUCGACCGGGGACGAAUAGGAUGUUGGUGGAUGCGGGCGACGAGGAUGAUGAAGAGUUCGGGCAUGAGGAGGAUGCGCUGGGAAGGCGCAGGCCACCACCGUUUAGGAUCUCGGACGGACAUACGAUCGAUGGACCGUCGUUACAUGAGCAACACGCGGGCCUGACGGCGUAUGUGGAGGAGCGUACGGGUACGCUGAGCUUGGCGGAUACGUUGGACGCCGUGAACCGCGUGAGCACGGUCCCGAACCCCUGCAAUCCAUUCGACCCACCUAUCAUCGCAUCCUUACUCGCAACGGUCUCCCCAGACGAGGCACACGUCGACUUCGCGAGGCAGGAUGCUGGGCAACUCGAGGGUCUGCAGAAGUUCGCAAGGAAGAAGGCGAGGGGAUCGGAUGGUGAUGCGAGGGGCGUCAGUGUUGAGCUGGGCGACAGGCGGUUCAUGGUAUACGAGAAACUCGGCGAGGGAGGAUUCGGCGCUGUCUUCGCUGCACGAGAGCUCAAGUCGCGCCUGGUCGAUGACGACGAGGACGAUGACGACCUCGACGAUGAUGAUGAAGACGACGAUGACGAGGAUGCCCACUCCCGCUUCGCGCUGAAGAUCGUCAAGCCGCGCAACCUCUGGGAGUUCUAUAUCCUACGAAAAGUACAUGCUUCCCUCCCACCGCACCUCUGCCGAUCCGUCGUACAACCGCAUGCACUAUACACCUAUCACGACGAGUCUUUCCUUGUACUCUCGCUCUGCACCCAAGGGUCGCUCCUGGACAUCAUCAACAAAGCGCCUGCAGCCGGAGUCGUCCAACAAGGCGCAUGCCUCGACGAGCUCCUUGUCGUUUUCUUCACUGUCGAGCUCUUGCGCUUGCUGGGCGGUUUGCACAGUGCAGGCAUCAUUCACGGCGACCUGAAGAUCGACAACUGCCUUCUCCGCCUUGAAGACGCCGGCGCAAGCUGGAGCGGGAUCUACGACCCGUCCGGCGGCAACGGCUGGUCUCGCAAAGGCGUUUCGCUCAUCGACUUCGGGCGCGCCAUCGACACAACGCGCUUCCCCGAAGAUCAGUCAUUCAUCGCGGAAUGGGCAACCGAUGCGCGUGACUGUGCCGAGAUGCGCGCGGGCAAACCAUGGACGUAUCACGCGGACUACUUUGGCCUCGCGGGUAUCGUAUUUUGCAUGCUCUUUGGACGGUACAUCGAUGCGGGCGCCGUUGCUACAGGGUCCGACGGACGCGCACGGCUCGUCACGCCGCUGAAGAGGUACUGGCAGACGGCGCUGUGGACGAAACUGUUCGAUAUGCUGCUCAACCCUGCUGCUGUGCGUCCGGAUGGCGAGUUGCCGAUCGUUGCAGACUUGGAGGUGGUAAGGGAAGAGUUCGAGAGGUGGUUGGUCGCGAACUGUCAGAGGAGCACGAAUACGCUCAAAGGGUUGUUGAAGAAGGUCGAGCUUUCGGUCCUCUGA